AUGUCCGCGUUUGGGAUGAGGAGCGUUAACGAGAACAGCCGUCGGAACACGUCGGUGCCGGCAGCUGCGGUCCCUCCGCAAACCACGCAAUCCUUAGUCGAGAUUUUACCGCCCAACACGCUCAAGGCAACAGAGCUCGUGCCUUCCGUACCUAUCGUGCCGCCCCGUCUCUCCGCGUCCGUCCGUCAGUCCAACUCCGGCGCUCCUCCGUUUCUCGCAAACUACACCAGUUCCUCUGCCGUCGGACUCGGUUCUGCUCCGUCAUCACGACGGACGUCGUUCGCCGGCAGUGUUGACGGCAGCGUCUCUUCGUCGUCCGCAGCAAUGGUGUUUCCGCCCCCGUCGCGGACCAGCCAGCGGCGGAUCUCCGCCCUGGCGGAAAGCGCGGGGGAUUUUUCCGCCAUGCUGCCGGACGAGAGGGAGUUUCUAGCGGACGUGGCGGAGUUCCAUGGACUCCCCGUCCGCGCGUCGCUGCAGUCUUUGCCGCCUUUGGCGGAAAGCUUUCCGCCACAGGCUCGGCAGCUGCAGAACGGAGCAGGGAGGCGAGUGAGUCUGGCGUGGAUGUCGCUUGAUGGACAGCUGAAGAACGUGGAAGCGUUGACGGAAAACGUCGGAGCUAGCGGCGUGUUGACGGAAGAUGAACAACAAUCAUGGCUGAGCAUCCCGCCUGUCUACGCGGUCUCGACGGCCAGGACGCAGAUGAAACGCGAGUUUGCGCGGAUCCGCAAGUUGAUCCGCGCAAAGGACGCGGAUGCGCGCUCUUUGCGCAAGAAGCUCGUCGCCUUGCGAUCCCAGCAGCCCAAAUCCGUCGUUUCGUCGCCCGUCGCCAGCCCGUCGUCGGGUGUCGCACGCGUGGCAGAAGGUGGUCCGAGUCCCGCGAAAGCGAGCGGUGAUAAUUCACAGGUGCAGCAGCUACUGCAGGCCAAGGACCUCGAAUUGAAACUGUUGGAGGAACAGUUGAAACGCGUGGAGAUGGAACGAGAUGAGAUGGGUGGGAAAAUGAAACGGGCUGUUGAGGAGAUGCAACGGCUGGAGGAGAAGCUGAAACGCGAGGAGGAACGUGUGGGAAGCAUGGGCGAGGAGAUUAAACGUGGGACAGAGGGAAGCGAGCGAGCGGCGAGGAAGAUGAAACGCAUGGAGGCGGAGAUAAAACGGAUGGCGGAGGAGAUGAAAUGCUCGGAGGGGCGGUGCGCGGAGGUUGAGGCGUCGCGAACCACGACUCAGGAGGCUCUGAACAAUGCCGUUGAAUCGAACUCCGCCCUGAAGGACCUCAUGGCGCUGCAGGCGGCGCACAUCGCGGAGCUCAAAGCCCUCGUUCUCGGUCAGACGGAAGCCAUUCAGGAGCUGACACGUGGCAGCGCGGCAGUGAAUGGCACAGAUGCGGGGAAGCCUGUCCGGGAAGAGGAGGACGAGGAUAAGAAGGAAAAUGAGGCGGAUGAGAAAGCGGAGGAGAAGGCGGAGGAGAAGGCGGAGGAGAAGGCGGAGGAGGCGGCGAAGGGGGGCGAUGCGAGGAGCGCGGGGAUGGAGGAGCUGAUGGCCAUGCUGUCCCACCAGUCCGCGGAAAUCUCCGCGCUCAGCCGCGCCGUGCAGGCGUCUACCUCCGCCCUCCGCCGCACCCCCUCGCCCUCCGCGUCCCCUUCCGCCUCCCCCGAGCCCAACACCCCCCUCACGGCAAAACUCGCCGUAUCCGCAGGGGGAGGGGUAGGGGGAGGCGCAGGCGCAGGCGCACCGGCGGAGCCGGGGCUGUGGCGGAUGGGGCUCCCCCUACUGGGGUCGCCCGUGGGAUUGACGCCCUCUCCCCCGGGUAGGGGGGAGAUGAGGGUGGUUGCGCGGAUCAGGGGGAACGUGUAUGGCGCAGUGCCCAAGUACGGGGGCGCGGGGACGGAUGGGGCGCGCGCGGGGGAGAAGAUGGGGACGGUAGAGGAGGAAGGGCGGGGAGUGGCGCUCGGUGGUGGUGGCAGUGCUGGUGGCAAGGGUGGUGGUGCUGGUGACACUGAUAACACCGCUUACAGUGUUAUCAAUGUUAGCUAUGGCGCUGGUGGCGACGAUGCUGUUGGGGGAAGAAGCAGCAGUUGCAGUGUGAAUGGUGCUGCUGCCUUGGGCGGCGGGGCAAGGAAGGUGUCUCUGGGGAUAGGGAGGAAUGGGAGAGGUUCGGCAGUGGUGCCGCUGCUCGCCCUGCCACUUGGCCGAGCCUCUGUUGACCCUGUUGACUGUGCCGAGGAGGCUGGAGCAGGGAAGCAUGGCAGUGAUUUUGCGGAGGAAGGGAGGGAGAAUGCGGAGGUAGAUGAGGGAGAGGGAGAAGAGGAGGAGUAUGAGGAGGUGCAGCAGUUCUUCUCCGCCCCUGCUUCUCCCUUCUCCUCCAUGCCCUCCACCCCCACUGCUGCUGCUGCUGCUGCUGCUCCUGCUGCUGCUUCAGCUGGUGAUGACGAUGCUGCUGCUGUCGCGGCUUCAACCAUUAAAAGGGUCGUUUCGAUGGCAAAGGGCAUGCGUGCAGGGGAGGGGGAGGGGGAGGAAGCAAAGGCAAGGGGAGAGGAGGAGCAGCAGCAGAGGGAGGUGCAACAGAAGGAGCGGAGGGAGAGUGGUCAAGGGAGGGCGAGUGAGGGCAAUGGGAGCAUAUUCCGAGUGGGAGGGGUAUUCAACCAUGGAACCACCACCACCAGCACCGCCACUGCAGAGAAGGCUCGGACUGCUGCCAAGCCUAAGUCAGGCCUGGUACCUCUAACCUCGGCUUCAAGCAGCAGGCUCGGGAGGCUGGUUCGAGCCGAGUCUCAGCCGCAAGGGAAGACGGGGAGCAGGAAGUUGUCUAUGGAGUGUGGUGGGAGUACGGGGAAGGAGAGAGGAGAGGGAGUUCGGGGAAAAGGGCUGAGGGCGAGUGUGGAAGGAGGGAUGGUGAGGAGCAGGAGUGAGAGAACCCCUUUUACCGGUCCCCAUGCGCCCCCUAACACUCCUGAUGCUUCCACUGCGCGAGUGCAACGAGGAGGGAAGGCAGGAGGAGGAGGUGAGGUUGUGGAGGGGCGAGCGCUGAGGGAGACUGGGCGAGUUAACAGCAGGGGCGCCGAGGGGGAGAGGGCGGCGGGUAAGGGUGUGCGGGGUGGGGUUACGCCAAGAUGGAAGUACUGA